AAACCCACUUUAAAUCGUAAGAUCGAAACUAGUUGUGUGGGAAGUUGAUAGAGAAAGUUUGAACUUGGGUAAACUGAAGACAAUCGAAACGCACUGGAAAAUCCCAUCCGACCCCCCCACCCUCACCCCCACCCCCAGCCCAGCGGAUAGACUUGAAAAGUGCCCGUCACCUGCUUUUUACCCAAGAUCUCUCCAGCCAGUUAUUUUGAGGUUCACGCACGUUGACUGACAUGCUGCUCUGUUUACAGGGACCUUUACCGAGGCAGCAAGGAACAGGAAACAUCCCUCUGGCACGAACAACAGCUGAUACAAUCGUGUUCUCAGAAACACGGGAAAACCGGGCCGUGAGGAACGUGUCCCUUAUGACUUUUCAGGAGAAGAAUUCUUCACUCGUGCCAAUACAUCAGCAAAGCCAGGAAGCUGCUGGAAAGAGAGACCCUGAGGCAGAUAUGCAAUGCAUCACUACCACCCUCCGACAAUUGGAUCUGUCAGGAUGGUACUGGGGCUCCCUCACAGCCAGCGAAGCUAAGCAACAACUCAACAAGAUGCCAGAAGGCACUUUCCUCAUUCGAGACAGCUCACACCCCAGCUACCUGCUGACACUCUCGGUGAAGACAAACCGGGGUCCGACUAAUGUCCGCAUAGAGUACAGCAACGGCAAGUUCUGCCUGGACUCUUACUAUUUGGCGAAACCCAGGAUCCUGGCGUUCGACGAAGUUCUCAGCCUUAUCCAGCAUUACGUCACCUCUUGCAUCGUGGACCGAUAUGACAAGGCGGCCGACACGAUGGGGCUGCCCCCCAAGGACACUGCCAUCCACCUGAAACUCAUCAAGCCUCUUCACCGAAAGGACUCAUUCCCCUCACUUCAGCACUUAUGCCGGUUGACUAUUAACAGGGUAACACGCCAAGUGGACAAGCUGCCUUUACCAAAACGUGUCCAGGGGUAUUUACAAGAAUAUCCUUUCCUCCUCUGAGAUGUCUUUGUUUUGUGGGGGGGCAGGGGAGGGAGGCGUGUAAAUAGGAGAGAAGGCCGAGGCCAUUUUGUGGGUGUUUCUCUUGGCUGAGCAACGGUCACUCAAUGGACCUUCUGAAAAUGUUGGCAUGGAGAAGGGUAAAAGCUCCACGUUUGUGUUUGAAAGUGCGUGCUGUGCUCUGCCCAACUGAAUGGAUGUGUUGCUUCAUUGUGCUGGAACAGGUUCUGUGGACUUUUUUGAAUGUAGACUAAAAUGUAAACAAAGUAUGCAACUAAACGAGCAGACUGGAAAAGUUUCUUACCGAACAACCAAAACAUGACACAGAUCUGCAAAAAAAAAAUACAACUCUACAGCCUUUGUAUUAUUGAAUGCACUUUGAAUAUUUUAAAAAAAAGACCAAAAGUACAAAAUAUUUUCUAAUAAAGUAUUAUAGAUCACAUUAAAA